GCUUUAGCGGGUCGCGGUAGACGCCGCCACAGUAGUCGGUCGAUACUGCUUGGUUACGCAGCGAUACCGUUAGGGAAAUAUUAUUUCGCUUACUUGGAAAUUCUACGAUCUUUCUAAAUAUAAUCAGUCUUUUGUGUGCAUACGCAUUAGAAUGUCCCGUAGCAGAGACCCUCUAGUGGGUUCUAUCAUUACUAAAUAUAUCAGAUUUGGUCGUCCUCAUACGCAAGCUAACGAAGAAUGCAAAAAUUUUGAGAUUGACUUAGCUCGAUGCAUUCAGGCAUAUGGAUAUACCAAAGCACAAGAUGAAUGCAAAGCGUAUAUUGACGAUUUGCAGGAAUGGUUAUCUGCACCAAAGCGAAUGCAUAGAUCAGAAAUAAUGAAUGGUGAAUACGAACGUCAGAUAGAGAGUGGAGAAAGAGAGCGUAACAAGAAGCCGAUACCAUAUUUGAUGUUCUUCCCAUAUGUGUGAUUAGACGAAAUACAUUUGCCCUAUAAAAGUAACAUACGAUAUACACAUAUAUAUUGUAUACAUGUAUUAGGUGUGUGAAAUAUGUGGUCUAUGUUAAAAUGCAUAAAUAUGCGAAAAGUGAAUAAUGGUACACGAUAUAGAAUAAUAUAAAAA